ACACAGCGGCGUUGGAUGCAAACUUAUCAACAAUGGGGACAAGAGUAUAUAUUGGCCGUCUGUCCUACCAUGCCAGAGAAAAAGAUGUUGACAGGUUUUUCAAGGGUUAUGGCAGAAUCAGAGAUGUUAUGUUAAAAAAUGGCUAUGGAUUUGUUGAAUUUGAAGACUACAGAGAUGCAGAUGAUGCAGUCUAUGAAUUAAAUGGAAAAGAUUUAUGUGGUGAAAGAGUAAUCGUAGAGCAUGCUAGAGGAGAUCCUAGAAGCGGAGAUUAUCGACGUGAUAGUGGACGUGACAGAGCCUUCAGCUUUCCUCCACGUCGCCGGGGAGGCAGAGAUAAACACCAGGCAGUGGUCAAGUAUGGUCCCCCAAUAAGGACUGAGUAUCGCCUCAUUGUGGAGAAUCUUUCAUCUCGAGUCAGUUGGCAGGACCUGAAAGACUACAUGAGACAGGCAGGAGAAGUCACAUAUGCUGAUGCCCACAAACAGCACAAAAAUGAAGGUGUGGUGGAAUUUUCUCAAUAUGGAGACAUGAGGAAUGCUCUAGACAAAUUGGACAACACUGAAAUCAAUGGCAGGAAGAUCAAGCUGGUGGAGGAUAAGCCGAGGCGAAGCAGGAGAAGCCGAACAAGGAGUAGGUCAAGAUCUGCAAGUAGGUCAAGAUCAAGGUCACGAAGCAGGUCAAGGUCAAGAAGCAGGAGGAGCAGAAGUCGUAGUCGCAGCAGAAGUAGUCGACGAAGCCGUAGCAGGAGCAAACACAGUAAAUCCAGAUCAAGAUCUAGGUCAAGGUCCAAAUCAGAACCCCGCAAGUCUAUGUCAAGGUCAAAAUCAAGGUCAAAGUCUCCAUUAGAAAAUGGAUCAAGUGAACAAAAGGAUUGAAAUAAAUUGGUGACAAAAGGUGUGUUCAUUAAUGUGGAUGGAGAUGUAGUCAAGACACCUUGGCACGACUUGUGAAGGAACUUCUAUAGACAGAAUACUAAUCAUAUCAUGCCAUACUUGAGCAUGUUCUCUUCAGCUAUGUUUUCUUAAUUAUGUUUUUAAUCAUCUCAUAUCUCAUUGACAUUCAUCCGUUUUAGAUAUGCUUGACAUUCUUUUUACAAUUGGCUACAUACAACGAUUGUGAUUGGUCAGCAGCUGUUGUCCGAGACAAUGGUCUGUUAUGUUUAAUCUUGUAUAAAAUCCAUCAUUGAUUCAUUGUGGAUGCUUCGUACGUGUCUUCAGGAAUGUAAAUUGUAACAUGUCAGAUGUAAUAAAAUAUUUUUGUUUCAAUGUA